GCUUCCCUAGCAAAAUGUGAGCAGCCUGAUUCGCUGUACGGUGCACAUAUUGGACACUUAUAUUAGUAUAAAAUCAACCAUCAUGUGUCUAAUAUCUCUAAAAAGAAUGUCAUUGUAGUGUAUGCCAUCUCCCCGAGUAAUCCCCUGGACAAUUUGCUUUGCAUCAGAUUCCACAAUGACCCGAUGCCAUCCCCGCUCUAGCGCCCACUUAACGGCUUCCUCAAUCGCCAUUGCUUCCGUUGUCCCAGGUGUAAAUCUCCCCUUUCUCAUAAUGCUCCUCCCUGCUACAAACUGUCCAUUGCAGUCACGAACAACAAGGCCCAAGCCUCUCGCAUCUCCUAUGUUUGAUGUUGCGGCAUCAACAUUAAUCUUCACCCAACCCCUCUCCGGGGGUUUCCAAGAGUCCUUUCCCCCCGCUGAAAUCUGCACCUUUGACUUAGGACAUUGCGCAGCCUUCCAGGCUUCCACCCGUCCCAAACUGUUUCGCCACAGGUAAUUACUCCCUUCCAAUUGGGAUUCAAGUUUUUCCAAACCUUCUCAUUCUGAGCUUUCCACAAACUCCAACAUAACAUGGCAAAUUUUCCAAGCUCCUCUUUCGUGCUACUCGCUGCCACCAACGACGCUCACUCCCCGAAACACCCGGCUGCCAACAACAGAAAAUUCCCGCCCCGGUUGUUCCACACCGUCCGAGCUAGAGUGCAGUCUCGAAGGAUGUGCAAUGAGCUUUCUUCUUCUUGUCCACAAAUCUGGCACUUCGGCCACAUAGGUACUCUCUUUUGAAUUAAUCUUUGUUUACUAGGUAAGCAAUCCACGCAAGCUUGCCAUAAAAAUAAUUUAACCUUCGGUGGUAUUUCAAGCUUCCAAAUUUUUGCCCAACCCACAUUCGGUAGAGUGCUUCGAGUGAGGUGUUUGUAACAACUGCGAACUGAGUACACGCCUUUAUUGUCAUCUGCCCAAAUGAGCUCGUCCUCUCCCUGCCUUGGUCUCAAAGGAAUGCUAGUGAUAAGAUUUAUGUCCUCCACCUGGAAAAGAUCAUGCAAUAAGUCAAAAUCCCAGCCCAUACCAUCAUUUAGCAUAAGAGAAUUCACCCGGAUGUCUUCCAACUCCUCUACCACAUUUCCAGCCGGCCUGCACCCUUCAGAGUUGUGGAGCCAGUUAUCCUUCCAAACUCGUACCAAUUUGCCGUCUCCUAUUCGAAAACAGACCCCUCUCCUAACCGCCGGGAUGGCUGCGGCAAUACUCCGCCAAAUUAGAGAGGGGUUAUGUCCGCACCGAGCUUCCAGGAUAUUACCAUUGGAGAAAUAUUUGGCUUUCAAUAUCCUAGCCAUCAAUGUAUUUGGAUGUUUCAGUAUCCUCCACACUUGUUUACCCAACAUAGCAAUAUUGAACUCCCGAAGCUUCCUAAAACCCAGCCCUCCUUGAGUUUUCGGAAUACAAAGAUCUCCCCACGAUUUCCACCUAAUUCCUUUUCCUUUGAAAGCGUGACCCCUCCACCAAAAUGCAUUCAUGGUUCUCUCUAUAUCGCUACAUAAGUCCACCGGUAACAAAAACACAUUCAUGGCAUAUUGAGGCAUAGCUUGAAUAACAAUUUUCAGUAAAACCUCCCUCCCAGCUUUGGACAAGAAUCUGUUGUUCCAACUCUGAAUUUUUUGCACCACCUUCUCUUUAAUAUAACCAAAAAUUUCUUUUUUAUUUUUCCCCACCAUCGAAGGAAGGUCCAAAUAUUUCCCCCCUCCUCCUUCCUCCCUCACACCAAAAAUACUACUCAAAUAAUCUCUAUCGUCCCAAACAACAUUAGCACUAAAACGGACACUAGACUUAUCAAAAUUAAUCACCUGGCCCGAGGUUGAUGCAUACUGGGCAAGAAUCUCUUUGAUAAUAAAACAGUCCCGCUCAUUUGCCCUGCAGAAAAAGAAACUGUCAUCAGCAAAUAAAAGAUGGGUCACCGCCGGUGCCCCACGAGCCACUCGGAUUCCUUGAAGUGUUCCUUCCUGCUCUUUGCUCCGUAACAUAGCACUGAUACCCUCCGCCACCAUAAUAAACAAAUAAGGUGAUAAUGGAUCCCCCUGCCGUAGUCCCCGAGACGGACAGAUCGGGCCAUAACAUUCGCCAUUGAUUUGAACAUGAUAUUUAACUGUCUCCACACACUGCAUAAUAAUGUCGAUCCAGCGCGGACUGAACCCGAAACACUCCAUUAUUUCUUUUAAAAAUCCCCACUCAACUCUAUCAUAGGCCUUACUCAUGUCUAACUUCAACACCACAUAGCCUUCUUUCCCCUGAGUCUUGCGCUUCAGAAAGUGUUGUAUCUCAAAAGCAACAAUUAUAUUAUCAAUUAUGGAUCUGCCAAGGAUAAAAGCACUUUGGUUUUCUGAGAUAAUACCAUCCAAAAUUCCUUUUAGCCGAUUAGCCAAAAGCUUCACAAAAAAUUUAUAAGCAACGUUACACAACGCAAUCGGCCUCCAAUCCCCCAUGGCUGUUGGAUUCUCCUUUUUUGGGAUUAAAACAAUUGUAGUUUCAUUAUAUUCCUCCGGGACACUACCGGUAUUAAAUAAAGUACUACAAAAAUCCACUACAUCUGGUCCCACAACAUCCCAAAAAGCCUGAAAAAAACCUGGAUUCAAACCAUCAGGUCCCGGAGCCUUAUCAGGGUGCAUGCUGAAAGCCGCUGUCCUUACCUCCCCCCCGUUAUAUCACGCAGCAGAGUAGCAUUCUGGAUAUCGCUAAUCAUUUUACGGACAUUUCCGAUCCCCAAGCAAUCAUCCCUACUUCCUGCAAAAAAUAAAUCUCCAAAAUAAUUAAUAACAAUAUUGCUCAUCUCUUCUUGAUUUGUCACCCAGCUGCCCGCGUCCGACAAGAUUCCUUUCAUCAAAUUUUUCCGCCUCCUUUGCUUGAACGAAUUAUGAAAAUAUUUAGUAUUAAUAUCCCCUUGUUGUAGCCAAAACUCUUUUGCCCUUUGUUUCCAAAAGAUGUUUUGCUUAUCCAAGAGCUCUAAGUAACAGGCCUUAGCUCUAGCAAAUUCGGCCAGACCAGCAGCAUCCAUACGGUCUCUACUUCUUUCCAUCUGCCGUUUACACCCGUCGAUGCGCCUCUGGAAGCCCCUACGAAGAUGCUUACCCCAACUGCAUAAUUCGGAGCCACAGAACCGUAGCCUCUCCAACAAAAUCUGGUUCUCACACGAGUUCCAAGCACGUUCAACCACGUUACGAUAAUCCUUCUCUUUUAGCCAAUGGUUCUCAAACUUAAAUUUGCUCCUUCUAUACUUUCUCUUCUGGCGGCUGAACUGUAGAUAAAGGGCGAGAUGAUCACUGUUGCUGCCCGUAAUGGAUGUAGCCCAGGCUUCGCAAAAAAUAUCAAGCCACCCAUCAUUUACAAGGAUCCGAUCAAGCUUCUCUUCCACCCAAUGAUGAGUCCCACGACCCCUACUGAUACACUUGUAAUUUCCGUGUGUAUGUUUAUGUUUUUAGCUAGUUUUGGUUGUUUAAUAUUUCGGAAAUUACACACUUUUGGUGUAAUAGUUUAGUUUGUUAAAUCCUUGUAAAUUGUUUAGAUUAGGAUUAUUCUGAGCUCAAACAGGUCUACUAUCACUCAAAGGAUGGUUGGUGAACCCCAAAAGUGGAAAGAAGGUGCAAAUCACAAGACAAAAAGGGAAAACCCUGAUUUUUGCCUAUACUCGGUUGAGUAUUACCUAUACUCGAUCGGGUAUAAGGUUGAAACUUCAAAUCAGAUCGGAUCCGAAGACAAAAGAACAUGCCGGGAAGAUUUUGACCACGAUUCAGUGUCUAUACUCGAUCGAGUAGACCGACAUACCCGAUCGAUUAUGCCUUUGAGUUUAAACCCGAAAUCGGUCGAGUAUGGCUCGAAUAUCACUUUCUACACAUACUCGACCGAGUAUGAAUAUAUACUCGAUCGAGUAUACCUUUGAUUUUUAAACCAAAAUCGAUCGAGUAUACCUCGAAUCUGGCAUUUCAC